AUACUCCAUGACAUUUGACAUUUCCUGUCGAUUCUUUUCUUACAAAAUCAUUUUAAUUGCAACGUACUAGUGAGAUUGUUCGCGAAACUACAUAAAAUAACUAUCUAAUUGCAUUUUCCAUAUUUCAAAAUGGCACGGUUAAGUUUUUAUUUAAUCGCGGUAGUGUUAUGCAGUUUAUCUGUACUCGGUCAAGGUAACGUGCCGGAUGUGAAGCCAUUAACAUUAAUAGUUACUGGGAUCCAACCAAUCCUCUCUACCACGGUGACCGACAAACCAGACUCUACGAAUACCACUAGUACCACCACAACCCCUAAGACUACCACGGAGAAGACCACAACAACUACCACUACAACAACUACCACAACUACCCCAGCCCCCACCCCUGAACCUACCCCUACUCCAGCCCCUACUCCAGCCCCUACACCUGCUCCUGCCCCUACACCUACCCCUGCCCCUAAACAAGGAAAAUGGUCAUACAAGGACAGCAAAAACGUAACCUGCGUGAUGGUCCAGUUUGCAGCGCAACUCAACGUCACUUACACCAAGGCUGUGAAUUCCUCCCUCACGUACUUCGUGGUGAACGUGCCGCCGACCGCCAGCGUGGUGGACGGCAACUGCAACGGCACGGAGCAGUGGCUCAACCUGGGCUGGCCGGUCAGGAACGAGACAGAGAACGUCACGUACAACAACAUGGUUCUGUUCUUCCACCGCAACGACACCACAAAGCAGUACUCGCUUAAGUACCUAAACAUCUCCCUCGCGCCAGAGAUGUUCCCGAACAGUUCGAACACGAAAGCACCGGUGGCGUUCUGGCACGGCGUGGAAUGGACUACGCAGCUCGCCAGCUCGUACCGUUGCGCGGCGCCCACGCAGCUCAACAUGACCUCGGACCUGUCCGCCGCUACCCUCACGCUGUCGCAGCUCCAGGAGGAGGCCUUCAGGACCGCCUCUGAUGAGACUUUCAGUGCUGCUCGCGAAUGCAGCGGCACGGACGUGCCCGACGCGGUGCCCAUCGCCGUUGGCUGCGCGCUGGGCGCGUUGGUCGUCGUGGUGCUGGUGGCCUACCUGGUGGCGCGCCGCCGCUCCGCCGCGCAGGGAUACCUUUCCAUGUAAAAGAAAACGGGCGAAGGAGGGUCAACGUACGUAGACAACUAGUGUAGAAGUAUAAAAGCAUACAAUCAUUUCAUUUCAUCGCAUUUAUACACAAAAAUAGAGUCACAUUAAUUAGCUAUAUACAUACUGUAUGCAUUAGUAGUUUUGCUCAAGUUCUAUGUUGGCUACACUGUAUUUAUUGUUUUAAGAUUAUUGGACUGACUGAUACUUAUUUUUGCGUCUAUGAUACACUUGUAUAUCUCCCAUCACAUCAAAAUAAAACUAAGAAUAAAAAA